UACAUUAAGUUACUAUAAAUUUCACAAUAUUUAAAUACAGUGAAACCUCCCGAUACGGACACCUCCAAUGGACGAACAACUCCCUUGAGCGGACAUUUUUUUUCGUCCCAUUGCAAAUACACUAAAUUCCCAUAUGCUUUAACGGACACUCUCUCGGGCGGACGCGGACACCUAAAAGUGGUCCGAAGAACCGCUAAACCUUCUCUUGAGCGGACACAAAAAAAAUUUAAACACGCAAUCGGGGAUUGCAUUGGCGCCAGAGCCUGGGUUUUCCCCGAUACGACGGUACUCCUCGCAUGGCGCCGGUUUGUCGGGAUGUUUUUAUGUUUUGACUGUUUUGUUAAUGCAUUUAGCUUUAGUUUAUUGUCGUAUCUUCUAGCGUUAUUAGCGUAACAACCGAUAUGUCGUCGAAACGUAAAGGGCUAACUCUUAAAGAAAAAGUUGACGUAAUUGAGAUUUUUAAUAAAGACAAACUAAGCGUACGCGACUUAGCAAAACGGUUUGGAAUGGGAAAAACACAGGCAGCUGAGAUUAUUAAAAAUAAGGAUGUUUUAUUAAGUAAGUUCCACUUAAAUGUAAAUGUGAAUGAAAAAAGAAGCUUCCUAAGAGAAAAGGGCAGAAAUAUUGACAGACAGUGCUAUGAGUGGUUCAUUAGAGCUCGGAGCAAAAAUAUUCCAUUAUCAGGUACAAUUGUUAAAACGAAAGCCAAAGAAAUCGCUGAUGGUUUGGGGUAAAGAACUUUGAGUGGGGAGGCCGCAAGUGUGAACUCUGCCGAUGUCACGACAUUUUGGGAGAAAGUACCAUCUAUAAUUAAGAACUAUGCUCCCAAAAAUAUCUAUAAUGCUGAUGAGACUAGGCUAUUUUUCCGAGCAGUGCCAAACAGGACUCUACAUUUGAAACGAGAAAGAUGUAUUGGAGGUAAAUUUUCAAAAGAGAGACUGACUAUACUUUUUUGUGUAAAUAUGGAGGGACAAAAACAAACCUCUAGUGUUCGGAAAAACGGCCAAACCAAGAGCAUUUAAAAAUAUUAAUGUGAAAGAAUUGCCAGUUACUUAUAGGUGGAAUAAAAAAGCUUGGAUGACCGGUGAACUAAGGGCCGAACGGUUAAAUCAAUUUCAUAAAAAAAUUAUGCGUGAAAAACGAGAAAUUUUAUUAUUUUUCGACAAUGCAUCUUGUCACCCAAAGGAUAUAAGAUUGAAAACUAAUAAAUUGAUAUUUUUGCCUCCAAACUGCACUUCUAUUGUACAGCCUUUAGAUCAGGGCAUUAUUAGGAGUUUUAAAACAUUUUAUAGGACAAUCAUUAUUAAAAAACUUUUAUAAGCCAUAAAUACCGCUGAAUCAGCCCAAGAAUUAGCAAGAAAACUACACGUCCUAGAUACAAUUUACUUUAUAAACAUGGCAUGGAACCAAGUGACAAAAAAAAACGGUUCAAAAUUGCUUUAUAACACACUCUAAUGGUUCAGAAAAUAGAGCAGAAAAUCUGGGAAAAUGAAGACGACAUUCCAUUGUCACUUUUAGCUCAAAUGUUGAGGAAUAAAGAUAAUUUUGAAAUGAUAAACAAUAAUGAUAUCAACGAAUUUUUUAAUGUAGACAAUGAUUUAAUAUUGGAGCAAAUUGAUGAACUUCCUCUAGAGGUUUCGAAUCAAGAGGAAGUAGUGGUAUCAUCCGAUGAGUCAGAAGACGAACACGUUGAGGAAGAAGAGGAAUUGACUACCUAUCAACAGGCUUUUAAUAUGACGCAACAGUUAAAACGCUUCACUCUGGCUAGGGGUGACCUAUCUGCUCUAGAUUUACUAUCUAAGCUUCAUCUUCAUUUCCAAGAUACUUUGCUCAACAAAAAAAUCGACAAACGUCUUUAUUAGAAUAUUUUAAACAUAAACAAUGAUCUUAAUUUGUACAUGUGUUCCACAGUAUUUACAUAGUAUUUCUUACAAAAACCUUGAUAUGUAUGUAUGUACUA